UCGAACACAAUGUAUUAUUUACUGAUAAAUAUACCAUUUUUCUGUUAUGCUCUUGCGCAUCCUAAUAAUGUGGCAUGGUACGGAGGGCCUAUGCACGUCGAAUGUGAACACGCCUUGAACCUUUUCACCGGAAGUGGGCAGUAUGUAAAAGAAAAUGUGAUUGCAACAAAAGCUGUGUCGUUUAACGACGACGUAUACGUAAUGACUCCUAGAAUGAAGCGCGGUGUGCUAGCCACGGUAUGGUUGUUGGUGUCUGGGCGCCAGGGUCCAGCAUUGGAGCCUUUCCCGAGCCUACCAGCGCACACCAUAGCUGACUGCAGCAGCAUACAGAACGCCGUCGACUACCAUCUGGACUAUAUUGGUAAUCUCUGGAUACUGGACAGUGGCAUAAUUGACACGCUCGAAGCGCCGCGCUGCACGUGCAAGCCCAAGGUGGUGGUAAUAAGCACGCUGCUCCGUACGGUGACCAAACUCCUCGACCUGACGACAGCGGAACCCUCCUCGCUGCUACAGAACGUGGCCGUCGAUUAUGGGUUAGGUGGGAAACCUUUUGUAUACAUUUCUGACGCAGCUCGAGGAGCGAUUCUCGUUCGCGACGCCACAUCCAGUACCGAGUGGACCGUCUUGUUUAGUGCCCCGAGCUCGGGCUUACAGAUCACGCUCGGGAAACGCGGCCCCGCCCACAAUGUGCUCAUGGCAGUGAGGGCACACCAGCCGGGGUUAAUAGAAAUCGAAUGUGCUGCGUUAAGGAGACGGAAUUCUGCUUUACCACUUCGAGCAUUCGGCGAGCACACCCGACCAGUAUUCCUUCUCGGUUCCGACACACACCACAUCUACCUCCGCUACGCCGACGGCGCCGACGUGCUCUCGUGGGACGUUCGCGAUGGCUACAACAUGUCCCGACUCAUCAGCAUUCAUUCUCCUGGGCCCAGGCUCGUACCUACCUCGGUCUUUGCGGACCCUUUGAAACAUUCGCUCCUAAUACUAGACUCUAACUACGGUGAUGUAAUUAAUAGUAAUUCGCCGGCAUAUCAAAGAAUCUCUUUUAUAGGUCAAUUGUGA